AUGAUACGGACAGGCUCUAGAUCAGUCAUAAUCCAUUAUGCUUCUCACUUGCGAAUCGAUGUCAAUCACUUUCGAUGGGCCAGACAGUAUUCAUCCUACAAUGUAGCUGUGGCUGGAUUGACAGAGUCCCAAGAAGAGUUCAGAAAUGUGGUUCACGAUUUCGCUCAAAAGGAGAUCGCUCCUCGAGCUGAGGAGAUCGACAGAACGAACAAUCUACCCAAUGAUAUAUUUCCUAAACUUGGCGAAAUGGGAUUACUGGGUGUAACAGUACCUGAGAAAUGGGGUGGAUUGGGAUUGGGUUAUUUGGAACAUACGAUAGCGAUGGAGGAGCUCAGCAGAGCUUCUGCUAGUAUCGGUUUGAGUUACGGAGCACACUCUAAUUUACUGGUUAAUCAGCUUGUGCGAUGGGGAACCGACGCGCAAAAAGAGAAAUAUCUCCCACCACUUUUGACUGGAGAACACAUCGGUUCCUUAGCAAUGUCCGAGCCUAACGCAGGAUCAGAUGUAGUAUCGAUGAGGACGAAAGCUGAAUUGUCAGAUGGGAAAUGGGUCUUGAAUGGUUCGAAAUGCUGGAUCACAAACGCACCUGUCUCAUCGACGUUUCUCAUUUACGCAAAAUCAGAUACUGCCGUAGCGCCAAGUAAAGGUAUGACUGCUUUUUUGGUGGAGAGAGGUUUUAGAGGAUUUGAAGUAGGGGAAAAAUUAGAUAAGUUUGGUAUGAGAGGUUCACCUACUGCCGAACUGUUCUUCGACAAUGUCGAGAUACCUGAAGAGAACGUGCUUGGGAAAGUGGGAAAAGGAGCUUCUGUCUUGAUGUCAGGCUUGGAUCUUGAAAGACUAGUACUCAGUGGAGGCCCAUUAGGCAUCAUGCAGGCUGCUCUGGAUCUCGCUCUAGACUACACUCACGAGAGAUCACAAUUUGGUAAGAAAAUAGGCACCUUCCAAUUGAUGCAAGGGAAAUUAGCCGAUAUGUAUACCAAGCUUAGCGCUUCUCGGGCAUACGUCUAUGCAGUAGCGAGAGCUUGUGAUGCUGGAAAGGUGUCGCGGCAGGAUUGUGCAGGUGCUAUUUUGUACUCGUCGGAUAGGGCGGUGGAAGUAGCUUUACAGGCUCAACAGUGUUUGGGAGGUAAUGGGUAUAUCAAUGAUUACGCUGCCGGCCGCUUACUUCGGGACUCUCGUUUGUAUACGGUCGGAGCGGGUACACAGGAAAUUAGGAGGAUGUUGAUUGGUAGAGGAUUCAAUGAGGUCUACGAGGAAGCAGAAGGGAAAGGUAUCGCUCAAUAG